UUCUGUGGCUAUAUGAAGAAAAAAAGAGAGGUAUUUUAGAAUACCUCAUAUGAUUUUUAUACACAGUAAAACCUCUAUAAAUUAAUACUCAAUUAAGAGGUAGCACUGCUUUGUUCUCUUCUCUGUCUCUCUCUCAGUGCCUUUGCCCGAAGCAUCGAACACGUCACGCGUUACACUUCACAGUGCCUUCGCAGACCAUCAAGCUACUAGAGCAAAGGCAAUCACUUGUUCUCAUAUUUUUUUUAACGACACUUGAGGUUAUACGACGUCGUUAUAGUUUAAGUAACAAAAUCAAAAUCAAGUGGUCUUUCUCUACUCUUCCUAACCAUCGCAUGGAGUUGCUCUCUUCUUCACCGGCUCAGCUUCUGAGACCAAAUCUCAGCUCUAGGGCUUUGCUUCCUCCACGAACAUCAAUCGCUUCUUCUCAUCCUCCUCCUCCUCGAUUCCUGGUAAUGAAUUCUCAAUCUCAGCAUCGUCCAUCUAUCUCCUGCGCUUCGCCUCCUCCCGGAGAUAACGGUUUUCCGGCGAUUACCACGGCUUCACCCAUCGAAUCAGCUCGAAUAGGUGAAGUGAAGAGAGAAACAAAGGAAACAAAUGUAUCAGUGAAGAUUAAUUUGGAUGGUCAUGGAGUUUCAGAUAGCUCCACUGGAAUCCCUUUCCUUGAUCAUAUGUUAGAUCAACUUGCUUCACAUGGCUUGUUCGAUGUACACGUAAGAGCUACUGGUGAUACUCACAUUGAUGAUCAUCAUACUAAUGAAGAUGUUGCUCUUGCCAUUGGAACUGCUUUGUUAAAGGCACUUGGGGAACGGAAAGGGAUUAAUCGUUUUGGCGAUUUUACAGCUCCUCUUGAUGAAGCACUCAUACAUGUUUCCCUGGAUCUAUCUGGUAGACCAUAUCUUGGAUACAACUUAGAGAUUCCAACGCAGAGAGUAGGAACAUACGACACUCAGUUGGUGGAACACUUCUUCCAGUCAUUGGUGAAUACUUCUGGUAUGACUCUUCACAUCCGACAGCUUGCUGGUAAAAACUCGCAUCACAUAAUAGAAGCGACCUUUAAGGCCUUUGCAAGAGCUCUCCGACAAGCAACAGAGUCUGAUCCACGCCGCGGUGGGACAAUACCAAGAUUUUUGGGCAUUUUUGCAGCUCGAAAGGAGUCUUGUCACGUUCAUAAGAGGACUUGAUGAGCAUGGGUCAGUUGUCUGAAUGUCUUAUGUACAAUGUCAAACAUGCUGGAUCUUUGUUCAUUUGCAAAGGUCAAUGUAUCUAAUCUAGCUAAUUGAUUAUUGUUGGUCACCAGGAUCUUUUUGCUCUCUCUAGUUCUAGACUUUGUUCACCUUAAGCCAGAGCUCUUUAAUCAGGAGUUACUCGUAAUCAUUUUGUUUUGGUCAUGUGUGCACCAUUUACGAGUGUCA